GACAGAUAUCAUACAUGAACAGAGUUAUUGCAGCCAAAAAAUAAAGUUUUUUAUUUUAUUAAACAAAUAAACGAAUAAAAAAUAACAACACUCAGCUGCAGUGCAAGCUACGGAAGUUUAUUAACCAAACAAUAACAAUUUACAUCAAAUAAAAACUUCAAUAUGCAUUAGAAAGAGCAUUCGAAAAAAAAAUUGGAGCAACACGACACACCAACAACAAUAACAUAAGAGACGUGGAUGGGAGAAGACGAAAGUGAAGAAAUAUCAAGUUAAUCAUUUGAUUUUGGUUUUUUGGAUAAGGUGUCAUAAUUCGAAGUGAAAACAACGACAAAAGACAACAGAAAACAAUAACAACGACAGCAGUAAAGGGAGAUGAGUAAUAACUCCGCAAGCAAUGGUAAUCGUCGAUCCCAACAAGUGGAUUGGAAUCGUUUCGGCUUAAGUCCGGACGAUGAUGGUGAAGUGGUGGUGGCCAAUUUUCGGCAAAGGGCUGCCAAUACGGGAGGCUUUGUGGAUCUGGGCAAUGAACACACAUAUGCUUCGGGUGGCCAUCAGGCCUCUGGGGCCAAUGAGAUAUUCGCCCAGGUGCAGGGAGACAAACCAUGGUGGCGUUCCAAUUUCUUUAUAUCUCAACCGGUUUUAUUUGGUACCUGGGAUGGUGUGUUCACCUCAUGCCUGAUCAAUGUCUUUGGUGUUAUUGUUUUCCUGCGUUCCGGUUGGAUUGUGGCCCAGGCAGGCAUACUCAAUGCCCUGUUGAUCAUAUUUUGUACCGUGGUGAUUGCCUUGGUAUCGGUACUCUCCGCAGUGGGUAUUUGUGAAAGAUGUCGUGUGGAAAGUGGUGGUGUAUAUUUCCUUAUAGCCCAUACGUUGGGGUCACGUUUUGGUGGCUCUUUGGGUUUACUCUAUUGUUUUGGUCAGGCUGUGGGUUGUGCCCUCAAUGUCAUGGGUUUUGGUGAAUCCAUGGCCGGCUUGGUGGGCCUAGAAGGUAACAAAUGGGCCAUACGUGGCUUUGCGGCGGCUGCUGUUAUACUCUUGGGUUGCAUUAAUGUGGCCGGUGUAAAAUGGGUCAUCAAAUUACAGUUUAUUCUGCUGAUGAUCCUGCUGAUAUCGGCUCUGGACUUUAUGGUGGGCAGUUUCAUUGGCGAAGAUCCACAAAACGGCUUUGAUGGCUGGGUUAGCAGUAAUUUUGUGGAAAAUCUUUGGCCGAAAUAUGAGGACGGCUAUUCGUGGUUUAGAGUGUUUGGUGUAUUCUUUCCCACAGUUACGGGUGUGUUGUCGGGCAUCAAUAUGAGUGGUGAUUUGAGGGCACCCUCAACCGAUAUACCCAAUGGUACACUGGCGGCCUUUGGAACUUCGACUUUCCUCUACACCGUCUUCAUUUUAUUCCUUGGGGCCACAUGCCAAAGAGCCACUCUGCUGACAGAUUUCAUGAUAUCUGUAAAAGUUUCAGCCGUUCAAUUUCUUUUAUUGGCCGGUAUUUAUGUAUCCAGUAUGUCAUCGUGUUUGGGUGCCAUGUAUGGUACACCACGAGUCCUGCAAUCCAUUGCCAAGGAAAGCGUUAUCCCCGGCAUUGAUAUUUUGGCAAAGGGGCGUGGCCCCAACAAAGUCCCCCUCUAUGCCAUGGCAGUGGUGGCCGUGGUCACGGUGACAUUUAUUAUUGUGGGUGACAUCAAUUUCUUGGCUCCCAUUGUGACAAUGCCAUUUUUGUUAACCUAUGCCUGCAUUGAUUACUCCUAUUUUGCUUUGGCCCAAACCUUUGAUAUACAAGAACAACGAGAAGAACGUUUUCGCAUACAGGCCUCAUCGCCGUCCUAUGAGACGAGACGUUAUGGUGCCACCCAGGAUGAUAAUGAUUUAGAUUUACUGUUUCCCGAUCGUGUACGCCACAAGAACUUACAAAGUCCACAAAAUUCACCUUUACAUGUGCCUUCAACAACGACGAAUAAUGGCGUAAAUGCUAGUAAUAGCUUAGAAUUGCAACAACAAAAUGGAAAUUUAAACAAUAGUGAGAUUGGGGCCUCAACAUCGGCGUCGACACCUGUUUUCCAAGAGGCUGUAAAUAGUACAAAUUCGGCUGAUGGUAAUCUGGAGGCGGUUACCACCCAGGAUAAUGAGGAUGAGGAGCCAAUUGCGCCCAUUAGACCACCCAUUCAUUCGAAAACCAAAAAUUGGUAUUCGGGUUAUUGUAAUCGUUGGGCUUCGUUGUUGGGAGCCUUCACCAAGUUAUUGGUAAUGUUGUUGGUUAAUUGGUAUUAUGCCUUGACCUGUUUCCUGGUGGUAUUUGUGGUUUGGUUUUAUGUGGGCACAGCCAAUCCGGCCGUAAAACCUGGCCUCACCGCCGAAUUCAAUUUCUUUGCCUGGCUGAAAAGUGUCAUAUUCAGAUGCUUUGGAAAACGAAUGCAUGAAUAUGAACAAAUUGUGGUUACACCCUCCUGCCCCGGUGUAGACCUAUCACCCACCCAAAUGAAUGAGGACAAUGAAGACUUUUCCCAAAGGCGAAGAUAUCAUCAAUCAUCUUUAAUAGAAGGCCACCUAGUUAAUGACAUAUAAAUAAAAAAGCUAAGUUUCCAGCCAUUUGUUACAGGACCAAAAUUUCUAUUCGCAGCGCCUCCACGGGAGGGAGAGAACAAUAAUUUAGCAAGAUGCCGCUAGUAUUAAAAUGGUUGAAAAAGCAAUAUUUAGAAAGAAAAAAAAGAAAAAUAUUUACAAACCGAAAACACGUAUUCGACACAAACACAAGCUCAAGAAGAAGUAUAAAAUUUUGAUAAAGACAAAAUGAGAAACCAGGAAAUUUUUACAAAACAAAACUCCAAAAUCCAGCCUCUAUAUAUACAUAUAUUUCCUAUGACCUUUAUAUUUAUAAAUAAUAAUAUUUAAUGGAAACCCCUCCCCACAAAGCUAUACCCAACACACACUCACUCACCCUUUAAUGGCAUUUACAAUUAAUUUAUAUCUAGGUAUUAAAUGUUUAGUUUUGGUUCCUUAAAACAAUUUUUAAAAAGUAAGCAGCCUUAAUUGUCAUGUUUGUGUUUGUUGUUCGAAAGUUGAAUUUUCCUGCCUUGUUUAUUCCUGUUGAUUUUUGUUUUGUAAGCAAUGUUGUGAUAACAUGAGAUAAUAACAAAUUACGAAGUUAAACAAACUAUGCUUUUAUACUCGUUACAAUUAUACGUUAUAGUGUUGUACGUAUAAAUUUGAAAAAAAAACAACAAACAAAACUCAAAUUAAAUCAAACACACACACACACAAAAAGGGAAAAUCAAAUGUUUUUUUUUUAUUUUCAUUUUAAAAUAAUUGUAUUUUAAUUUGUUAAGCUAGGUUUUUUUUUCGAAACAAAAACAAAAAUUCCAUUUAUCUACUUAAAAUUUAAAUAUUUGUGAAAUAUUUAAACAAAAUACUACAAAAUAAUAACAAUAACUAAUCGAUAAUAUUUAUAUAUGAAAAUAAAACCAGAAUUUAAUACAAUUUGUAAAAAAUGUAAUAUUGUAAAUCUCGGAAAAAAAUGACAUAACAAAACUCCCCCAUGAAAAAAGAAAAAAACAAUAAUAUUACAAUUUAUACAUAACAAUAUAUAUAUUAAUAACAAACAAAUGAAAAAAAAAGAAAAAACUAAUUCAUAUGUAUUGUGUAUAUUUAUAACAAUUUAUAUGUUUAAGUAAAAGAAAUAAAACAAAGAUAAAGCAUUUAAUGUACAAUAUAACAAUUAAGACACAAUUAUGCCUUAACAAAACUGAA